AUGUUCUGGUUUUCCUCCCACCAGCAACAACACUCCGCCCUCCCACCUGUCUCCUCCACCAAGUCCAAAAUCCGUAGAACCCUCAAGUCGCCCGGACGGCCCAUCGCCAUCCGCAAGGACCACAUCACCGACACCCAGACUCUCCUGAUCGUGCGACCCCAAGGCGACGCACAGUCCGCCGUGGCCUACAAAAUCCAAGACGCGGACGGCAUUACCCUCUACACCGCCACCGGUCGCAAGUUCAGCGACCGACCCUGUCGCGAGUUCCGCGAUGCCUCGGGUCUCCCGCUCUUCGAGCUGCAUCGGAAAGCCCCCUUCAAGAACAACUGGUCCGUCACCCUCCCCGGCAGUAAGAUCACCAGCCCGAUUGCGACGGGGGCGCUGCGUCGAUCUUCCUUCAGCGCCGCCGGCUGGGGCAACUUCACCAUCACCUUCGACAAUGUAGCGGCCGCGGAUGGGAAACGACCCGAGGAGAGGACGCUUACGCUGGAGGUGCAACGGCAUGGAAACGUGUUGGCCCUGUUCGACAUCGUCGACGGAGAUCGCAAGGUUGCCGAGGUGAAAGAAAGUAUUCGGCAUAACGAGAAACUGGCGCUCAUGCCUGCCUCGCGAUAUGGCUAUCGCCCGGUGUUGGAUGUGAUUGUCACCCCUGGGGUAGACAUGGCUUUGAUUGCUACGAUUGCGGUUAUCGCCUCAGACACGGUGUUUGCGUCGAAUUAUUGA